AUGUCUUUUGGUGUUGCGGGCGGGCCGAGCAGCAACGGGGCUGGGGGGGGGAAGGUGGCUGCUGCUGCUGCUGCUGCUGCAGCUUCUUGGGGACAGCAGGAGCCCUUUCAGGACCUCGAGGAUGACGCAGGCAUUCCUCAGCUCCCGGGGGCCCCCACGAGCGACGGCCUGGGGGCCCCGGGGGCCCCAGCAGCACAAGAGGGGGGCCCCCUGGACAGCAGCAGCUACAGGCCUUACGAAGUAGACCAGCAGCAGCAGCAGCAGCAGCACCAGCACCAGCACCCGCAGCAGCAGGAGUCCCACAUGCAUGGCACCAUGACUGAAGAGGAAAGAACAGCACGCAAGAUUUUCGUUGGCGGACUCAACAGAAACACCACAGCUGAGUCUCUCCGGGAGUAUUUUUCUUCUUUCGGUGGUGUUUAUCACACGGAGGUUUUAUUCGACAAGUUGACAGGCCGAAGCCGAGGGUUUGGAUUUGUGACUUUUGAAGAACCAGAGACAAUUAACAAUGUGGUGGAUAGACACCACACGAUUGACGAGAGUCAAGAACGGAGGAGAGAAAGCAGCAGCAGCAGCAGCAGCGGCAGCAGCAGCAGCAGCGGCAGCAGCAGCAGCAGCAACGGCAUGAGCGGCAGCAGCAGCGAAGGCGAGAAAAUCGUCACACUGGCAGCAGCAGCACCAGCACUGGUAGCAGCAGCAGCUGUAGCAGCAGCUAUAGUAGCAGCAACAACUGCAGAAUUAGUGGCAGCUGCAAAUGCAGCAGCAGCAGCUGCAGAUGCAGCAGCAGCAGCAGCAUCAGUGGAAGAAGCAGAGUGGCACUCUUUGCCUCCAGAAGAAAGGCCUUUAAAUUUUCUUCCAAAAAAAUAUUCUUCUUUAAGAAGAGUUCCAGUUUAUGCGCAGCUCGUCAUGGAACGGUUUAACCGGUGCUUGGACUUGUACUUGUGUCCUCGGGCUGUGAAGCGUCGGAUGAAUGUGGACGCAGCCUCUUUGCUGCCGGACUUGUCUGCUGCUGCUGCUGCUGCUGCUGCUGCUGGAUCUUUUCCUGCUGCUGCUGCAAUUUCUUAUUUACCCCUUUCUCUCUAUGCCCAAAAAGUCCCAAAGCCGCAGCCACUGUUUGGCUUUUUGCUGCCUUUCGAGGACCCGAAGCACCAAAGAGUUGCAUGGAGCAGCAGCAGCAGCAGCAGCAGCAACAGCAGCAGCAGCAGCAGCAGCGGCUUGCUGGGCCCCGCCGGUGCUGCAGUGCGCGUUGUUGCUGCUGAUGCAGCAGGGGUUUAUGUUGCUGCUGGCAGCAGCGACGGCUGCCUUAGGGUUUUCGAAGUAAAGACGGGGAGAAUUGCUGCUGCGGUGCUGCUGCAGCAGCAAAUAACAGCAGCAGCAUUUCACCCCCGACUGCCUAUUCUUGCUGCAGCUGCAGCAGAGCAGCUGCUGCUCUUCGUACUGGACCAGCCGGCCUUCGACGACAGCUCGCUGCAGCAGCUGGAAGCAGCAGCAGCAGCAGACGCUGCUGCCCCUGCUGCUGCAAAAAAGAAAAAAGCUGCUGCUGCUGCUGCUGCAGCAGACAGCCAGGCAGCAGCGGAAGCAACAGCAGCAGCAGCAGCAGGGGAAGCACGCAGGCAGGUGGAAGAGGCGAUGGAUUUGCUGCUGCUGAAAACACCAGCAGAAGAAGGCUUGCCGGACCUGCUGCAGACUGCAGCAGCAGAAGCCAGCAGCAGCAGCAGCAGCAGCAGCAGUGGCAGCAGCAGCAGCAGCGCGUACGUGGUCGAAGCAGCUGUGUGCAGCAAACUGGUUGGGGUGUGGCAGCAGGUGUCGCUGCGGCACCCAAAAGCAGCAGCAAAAGCAGCAGAAAAAGAGCUCCAGCAGCAGCAGCAGCAGCAAGAGCAGCAGCAGCAGCAGCAGCCGCCGCAUGAACUGACGCUGCUGCUGCGGGGAGUUCGCCGCGCCAUCUUUGUAAUGCAUGGCUCUCCAAUAACACAAAUUAAAUGGCAAGAUAAAGGCACGUAUCUUUUGUGCGUGUCGCCCAGCAGCAGCAAACCCUCGGAGCAGCUGCUGCUGCACAACUUGAAGAAGCAAAAAGGAAUAAAACCCUUAAAGCGAAGUGGCCCAGGACUUUUAAAAGAUGCUCUUUUCCAUCCUUCUAAACCCUGGCUAAUUGUGGCUUAUUCCCGAGGCAUCAGGAUUUAUGACCUUUCGGCGAAGCAAAAGUCGCCAGGAGUAACCGGGACAAGACAGGCCCUAAUCAAAAAGCUUAUUGGGGUGGAGGGAGUGAGCUCAGUGUCGAUACACCCGGGUGGCUCGCAGCUGGUGGUUGGAAAACUGUUCAAAUCUUCUACUGCCGGGUGUACGACGACCUCAUCACAAACCCUCUUAUCGUGCCUCUCAAAACCCUCAAGGUAUGCAAACCCUUAG